AUGGGGAUUCCAGCACCAUCUGAUGAGUCGCCUCAUACAGGGGAGGCUACGGAGGUGGAGUCGGGCAACUCGGAGGAUCGGCAAGUCUGCCCCAUAUCUCCAAACUUCACAUUUUCUGGAAUAGAUGUUUCUAAUUUAGAUCAGAUUGCCAUAGACAGUCAAGAUUCUGCCCAAGAGAACCAUCUCUCAUUGCCAGAAGAGCCAAGUUCUGAAACCUCCGAUGAGGGACAAGACACCAAGCUGACACCUGUAGCAGCAGACAGUAAGACUCCAAGAAGAGAUGCACAGUCUCACCUGGGGACAGGAUUACCCCCUGUCAAUGAGGUCGAGAGGUGGUCACUUGAUGCUGACUUUGAUGUCUCAGCUGCACCAGCACCAGCACCAGCACCUGCACCAGCACCAGCACCAGCACCAGCGCCAGCGCCUUACCCUCCUGCCACCAGGUCAUCUGAAUCUGAGUCCAUCCCCCUGGACCGUACAGCAUCAUCAGGCAGUGACUGCUCCUCAGAUGCAGAUACUCGCAAGACAUUUUGGGCAAAACAGGACUUAAGGACCGAAAGUGCCAUAGACAGUCAAGAUUCUGCCCAAGAGAACCAUCUCUCAUUGCCUGAAGAGCCAAGUUCUGAAACCUCCGAUGAGGGACAAGACACCAAGCUGACACCUGUAGCAGCAGACAGUAAGACUCCAAGAAGAGAUGCACAGUCUCACCUGGGGACAGGAUUACCCCCUGUCAAUGAGGUCGAGAGGUGGUCACUUGAUGCUGACUUUGAUGUCUCAGCUGCACCAGCACCAGCGCCAGCGCCUUACCCUCCUGCCACCAGGUCAUCUGAAUCUGAGUCCAUCCCCCUGGACCGUACAGCAUCAUCAGGCAGUGACUGCUCCUCAGAUGCAGAUACUCGCAAGACAUUUUGGGCAAAACAGGACUUCAGGACCGAAAGAGAGAGAAGUUCAACACCACGUCGUCCAAACAGAGUUCUUGCCAUGGCACGUGAGAGCCGUGUGGGUCUAAUGCGGGAACUGUUCCCAAGCCCUCCACCUAAGAAGAAGACUGUGAGGAGACCAGAAGAGAAAUGCACACCAGACACCUCCAGCAGUGAACUGUCUUCAGAUGCAGAAAUGUACAGACUUCUUGGAUUGGAGAAACCAAAGUCAUUCAAAUACAACAUAGAUGGAGUCAUUAGCUUGAGGCGAGCAUCUACCAAAACCAACUUGCCAUCGUUUUUUGUCAACAACUCCGAUUCUCUUGUGGAUUCCCUCCAGUCAAAUUCAGGCAGCUCUACAGAACCUGAGCUUCGUAAACUCCUCGACAUGAGCAAGAGUACUGAUGAAGAUGAUUUAGAACCAGUUGAUGCAUUCAAGAAAGGGAAGCCACUUCCCCCUGUGAAGCACAUGCGAGAUCUGGAUAGUCCUCCUAAAGUUCUGCUUGAUAUUACUCCAAAGGAGACAAAGUUUCUGAAAGCAGUGAGCAAUGGGUCAUACAGAGCCCAAUCCCCUCUCGCACCUAUUCCUACCAGUCAAAAGGAGGGUGAGAUCCCUCGAGAUGUAUCAGAAUCACUUACCUCCAAAAGAAUGUCAAGACGCAGAGCCUUUGCAUCUGCAGGUUCUGCCAUUUUUCAAGAGGAGCAGAAAGUUCAUUCCUUGAAACCCAUUGGGAAGCCAUCUCAAAGGAGCUCAGAUGUUAGAAUUAGAUCCUUCAAUAACCUUGAUACAAGGACAUCAAGAGGACCUGAUCCAGUAAAUACUGAGUCCAACAGGAUUGAAUCUGUAAGUCCACCAACAUCAAACCCUAGGCCAUCCUUACAUCCUUCUCCACCUGACAGAAAGGCACCAGAGACGGGGGCAAGGUCUCUUUCAAGGUAUCCACAAUCAAGGGCACCAAGCAAUAAGGUGUCGGAGAAGAGUAUUGAAUCUGCAAGGCAGACAGUGGACUCACAGAAACCUGACUCCACCACAUCCAGACUACGACGUCCAAAAGAGCAUCAGUUCAAGUCCUUUGGUAAGAUGUCCGCAUCAGUCAAACCAGAAGAGACAUCAGUGAAAUCUGCCAUGGUCCUGGAUUCUGGAUAUGGUCUUGGUCCAUCAGUAGUAAAGGAUCAUCAAUCCAGCCAUAGAUCAGGCUUUGGAUCAUAUGCACCACGUCCACCAGUAGGGAAGGUGGCAGGCAGACAUGGCAAGUCAUUCAACAGCAUAGCUCCAUUGCCUUCAACUUCCAACUCAGUGGAUAAGCCACCUGUUGCAAGGAGACAAACAGGCUAUGAGCAGGCUCAGUCUCCCAAAUGGCAGUCACCACGUGGACCUAAAUGCACACCUGAAAUGCUCACUGAAAGCCAAACAAAGGCUGCAGGCCUGAAAGAUGGACUGCCACACUCUGUAGGAUCCAAGAAAGGGAUCCAAAGACUACCAAGCACCAGUAGGUUAGAAAAUGUUCACUCCUCUGGUUCAAGUUCCUCUGAGAGCGUUGCUGUCUCUCCAAGACCAGCAUGGGACAUAAUGAAAGCUGGUUCCGAACUUCUUGCUGAAGUAUCCUCUUCCUCCUCCUAUGAAAACAGAAACUCGAAUCUUCCUCACAAGUCAUCAUCAUCAUCUGCACACUGUUCAACUUACCCCACUUCAACAUCAUCACACCACAGACCACAUCAGUAGGACGAUAGGGACAAGUAGGUAUUAUGUGGCUUGAUCUUGGUAGAUACAUUACUAGGUUUUGUGUGUUUUGACAAUUUGAGCCCCUGAGUAUCUGUAUCCCCUUACAUCCCAUGGCUAUUGUCUGUUUUCACCAGCAGAAUCCAUCACCAUCUCCAUCAGAAUUUCCAGUGACAGAUUGUUGAAACCUUCUGUUGUGUUAGACUCUUGUUCUUCGGAGUUGAAGCCCUCUGUUAUGUCAACUCUUAUACUUGGCAGUUGAUACCCUGUGUUGUGUCAACUCAUAUACUUGGCAGUUGAUACCCUGUGUUAUGUCAACUCAUAUACUUGGCAGUUGAUAUCCUGUGUUGUGUCAACUCUUAUACUUGGCAGUUGAUACCCUGUGUUGUGUCAACUCUUAUACUUGGCAGUUGAUACCCUCUGUUGUGUCAACUCUUAUACUUGGCAUUUGAUACCCUGUGUUGUGUCAACUCUUGUACUUGGCAGUUGAUACCCUCUAUUGAGUCAACUCUUCUACUUGGCAGUUGAUACCCUCUGUUGUGUCAACUCUUCUACUUGGCAGUUGAUACCCUCUGUUGUGUCAACUCUUAUACUUGGCAGUUGAUACCAUGUGUUGUGUCAACUCUUAUACUUGGCAAUUGAUACCCUGUGUUGUGUCAACUCUUAUACUUGGCAGUUGAUACCCUGUGUUGUGUCAACUCUUAUACUUGGCAAUUGAUACCCUGUGUUGUGUCAACUCUUAUACUUGGCAGUUGAUACCCUGUGUUGUGUCAACUCUUAUACUUGGCAGUUGAUACCCUCUGUUGUGUCAACUCUUCUACUUGGCAGUUGAUACCCUGUGUUGUGUCAACUCAUAUACUUGGCAAUUGAUACCCUCUGUUGUGUCAACUCUUAUACUUGGCAGUUGAUACCCUGUGUUGUGUCAACUCUUAUACUUGGCAGUUGAUACCCUCUGUUGUGUCAACUCUUCUACUUGGCAGUUGAUACCAUGUGUUGUGUCAACUCAUAUACUUGGCAGUUGAUACCCUCUGUUGUGUCAACUCUUAUACUUGGCAAUUGAUACCCUCUGUUGUGUCAACUCUUAUACUUGGCAGUUGAUACCCUCUGUUGUGUCAACUCUUAUACUUGGCAGUUGAUACCAUGUGUUGUGUCAACUCUUCUACUUGGCAGUUGAUACCCUGUGUUGUGUCAACUCAUAUACUUGGCAAUUGAUACCCUCUGUUGAGUCAACUCUUAUACUUGGCAGUUGAUACCCUGUGUUGUGUCAACUCUUAUACUUGGCAGUUGAUACCCUCUGUUGUGUCAACUCUUCUACUUGGCAGUUGAUACCAUGUGUUGUGUCAACUCAUAUACUUGGCAGUUGAUACCCUCUGUUGUGUCAACUCUUAUACUUGGCAAUUGAUACCCUCUGUUGUGUCAACUCUUAUACUUGGCAGUUGAUACCCUCUGUUGUGUCAACUCUUAUACUUGGCAGUUGAUACCAUGUGUUGUGUCAACUCUUAUACUUGGCAGUUGAUACCAUGUGUUGUGUCAACUCUUAUACUUGGCAGUUGAUACCCUCUGUUGUGUCAACUCUUAUACUUGGCAGUUGAUACCCUGUGUUGUGUGAACUCAUAUACUUGGCAAUUGAUACCCUGUGUUGUGUCAACUCUUAUACUUGGCAGUUGAUACCCUGUGUUGUGUCAACUCUUAUACUUGGCAAUUGAUACCCUGUGUUGUGUCAACUCUUAUACUUGGCAGUUGAUACCCUCUGUUGUGUCAACUCUUAUACUUGGCAGUUGAUACCCUCUGUUGUGUCAACUCUUAUACUUGGCAGUUGAUACCCUGUGUUGUGUCAACUCUUAUACUUGGCAGUUGAUACCCUCUGUUGUGUCAACUCUUAUACUUGGCAAUUGAUACCCUCUGUUGUGUCAACUCUUCUACUUGGCAGUUGAUACCAUGUGUUGUGUCAACUCAUAUACUUGGCAGUUGAUACCCUCUGUUGUGUCAACUCUUAUACUUGGCAAUUGAUACCCUCUGUUGUGUCAACUCUUAUACUUGGCAGUUGAUACCCUCUGUUGUGUCAACUCUUAUACUUGGCAGUUGAUACCAUGUGUUGUGUCAACUCUUAUACUUGGCAGUUGAUACCAUGUGUUGUGUCAACUCUUAUACUUGGCAGUUGAUAUCCUCUAUUGUGUCAACUCUUAUACUAGGCAAUUGAUACCCUGUGUUGUGUCAACUCUUAUACUUGGCAGUUGAUACCCUCUGUUGUGUCAACUCUUAUACUUGGCAAUUGAUACCCUCUGUUGUGUCAACUCUUAUACUUGGCAGUUGAUACCAUGUGUUGUGUCAACUCAUAUACUUGGCAGUUGAUACCCUGUGUUGUGUCAACUCUUAUACUUGGCAAUUGAUACCCUGUGUUGUGUCAACUCUUAUACUUGGCAGUUGAUACCCUCUGUUGUGUCAACUCUUAUACUUGGCAGUUGAUACCAUGUGUUGUGUCAACUCUUAUACUUGGCAGUUGAUAUCCUCUAUUGUGUCAACUCUUAUACUAGGCAAUUGAUACUCUGUGUUGUGUCAACUCUUAUACUUGGCAGUUGAUACCCUGUGUUGUGUCAACUCUAAUACUUGGCAAUUGAUACCCUGUGUUGUGUCAACUCUUAUACUUGGCAGUUGAUACCCUGUGUUGUGUCAACUCUUAUACUUGGCAGUUGAUACCCUCUGUUGUGUCAACUUUAUACUUGGCAGUUGAUACCCUCUAUUGUGUCAACUCUUAUACUUGGCAGUUGAUACCAUGUGUUGUGUCAACUCUUAUACUUGGCAGUUGAUACCCUGUGUUGUGUGAACUCAUAUACUUGGCAGUUGAUACCCUCUGUUGUGUCAACUCUUAUACUUGGCAGUUGAUACCCUCUGUUGUGUCAACUCAUAUACUUGGCAGUUGAUACCCUCUGUUGUGUCAACUCAUAUACUUGACAGUUGAUACCCUGUGUUGUGUCAACUCAUAUACUUGGCAGUUGAUAGUGGUUGGAACAACUGGUUGUGUUGAUUCUCUUUCCCAACAGUUGGAACCCUCAGAUGUGUUGAUUCUAUAUUGGGGCAGUUGGAACCUUCGGUAGUUUUGACUGCUAUUCUUGGCGGUUGGUGCCAAGGGUAUAGUUUUCUCUCUUAUUCUCUCCAGUCGACAGUGUUGACUUUUUCCUUUUCUCCAUCUUUGUAUCAUACCAUCAAGAAGAACAAAAUAUAUAUUUUUAGUAGUAAUCCUUAUCAAACUAGAUUUAAUCAUAAGAUUUAUAAUAACUAUCAGCAAAACAAAGCUACAGUACACUUAGUAUUUUGUGUCUGUAUGGGAGGCAGUAUUUUGUGUCUGUAUGGGAGGCAGUAUUUCCUGUCUGUGUAUGGGAGGCAGUAUUUUGUGUCUGUAUGGGAGGCAGCAUUUUGUGUCUCAUGGGAGGCAGUAGUUUGUGUCUGUAUGGGAGGCAGUAUUUCCUGUCUGUGUAUGGGAGGCAGUAUUUUGUGUCUGUGUAUGGGAGGCAGUAUUUUGUGUCUUCGUCGGAGGCAGUAGUUUGUGUCUUCAUGGGAGGCAGUAGUUUGUGUCUGUAUUGGAGGCAGUAUUUUGUGUCUGUAUGGGAGGCAGUAUUUCCUGUCUGUUUAUGGGAUUCAGUAUUUUGUGUCUGUAUGGGAGGCAGUAUUUUGUGUCUGUGUAAGGGAGGCAGUAUUUUGUGUCAGUGUAUGGGAGGCAGUAUUUUGUGUCAGUGUAUGGGAGGCAGUAUUUUGUGUCUGUAUGGGAGGCAGUAUUUCCUUUAUGUGUAUGGGAGGCAGUAUUGUGUGUCUGUGUAUGGGAGGCAGUAUUUUGGGUCUGUGUAUGGGAGGCAGUAGUUUGUGUCUGUGUAUGGGAGGCAGUAUUUUGGGUCUGUGUAUGGGAGGCAGUAGUUUGUGUCUGUAUGGGAGGCAGUAUUUUGUGUCAGUGUAUGGGAAGCAGUAUUUUGUGUCUGUAUGGGAGGCAGUAUUUCCUGUCUGUGUAUGGGAGGCAGUAUUUUGUGUCUGUAUGGGAGGCAGUAUUUUGUGUCAGUGUAUGGGAAGCAGUAUUUUGUGUCUGUAUUGGAGGCAGUAUUUCCUGUCUGUGUAUGGGAAGCAGUAUUUUGUGUCUGUGUAUGGAAGGCAGUAGUUUGUGUCUGUAUGGGAGGCAGUCUUUUGUGUCUGGGUUUAUAUACAGUAUAUAGUGUCUGUAUGGAAGGCAGUAUUUUGUGUCUGUAUUGGAGGCAGUAUUUCCUGUCUGUGUAUGGGAGGCAGUAUUUUGUGUCUGUGUAUGGGAGGCAGUAUUUCCUGUCUGUGUAUGGGAGGCAGUAUUUUGUGUCUGUAUGGGAGGCAGUAUUUUGUGUCUGUAUGGGAGGCAGUAUUUUGUGUCUGUGUAUGGGAAGCAGUAUUUUGUGUCUGUGUAUGGGAGGCAGUAGUUUGUGACUGUAUGGGAGGCAGUAUUUUGUGUCUGUAUGGGAGGCAGUAUUUUGUGUCUGUGUACAGGAGGCAGUAUUUUGUGUCAGUGUAUGGGAAGCAGUAUUUUGUGUCUGUAUGGGAGGCAGUAUUUCCUGUCUGUGUAUGGGAGGCAGUAUUUUGUGUCUGUAUGGGAAGCAGUAUUUUGUGUCUGUAUGGGAGGCAGUAUUUCCUGUCUGUUUAUGGGAGGCAGUAGUUUGUGUCUGUAUGGGAGGCAGUAUUUCCUGUCUGUGUAUGGAAAUCAGUAUUUUGGGUCUGUUUGGGAGGCAGUUUUUUGUGUCUGGGUUUAGAUACAGUAUAUUGUGUCUGUAUGGGAGGCAGUAUUUUGUGACUGUAUUGGAGGCAGUAUUUUGUGUCUUCAUGGGAGGCAGUAUUUUGUGUCUUUAUGGGAGGCAGUAUUUUGUGUCUUAAUGAGAGGCAGUAUUUUUUGUCUGAGGUUGAGAUGCAGUAUUUUGUGUCCAGUAUAUACUCUGACAUGGAGAUGAAUUAUGCCUGUGUAAAACUGGCCACAUUAUCAGGAUGUGUGUGGAUACAGAUGCAGCUAGAGUAAUUUCAAAGUGGAAUUCUUUAAGUUUAAUAGAUGCAAUGAUUCUUUUAACAUUUUGGAGCGGAGAUUUUGUUAUGUUGACACAGCUUUCCCUUUGUUUUGGGAAAUGUUUUGUCUAUAAAUAUUCUAAAGCAACAGAGAUUUUGACUAAAGGAUGCUGAGUGUCUCAAAAGGACAUUUGGUGAAAUAGUUUCAGAUGAAGUAAAUUUCAGCAUGAUGAGUAUAAACCCUCGGUGAUAUCUUUAAAUUAAAGUUACUGUUUUAAUAAUGUUUUCUACCUGAUCAGGCCAACAUAAAGAUACUUGUGUUUUAAGGUAACCUGAAAUUAAUGGGUUGGUGUUUUUCUUUCUGUAUUAAAUAAAUUUUUUAAAUGUUUAAAACAGAUGGCUUGCUUCGAACUGCUGUUAGUUGCAAAGUUCUUCAAAUUUGUUGGUCAAACUAUCUUCAGCAACAACAAUAAUUUCUUUAUGGCUGUUUCCAUUUGGGUUGUAAAUGAAACAAAGAUUUGAAACACAAGUAUGUGUUUUUACUUACAAUUAUCCCUAAAACUGCUGCUCAUGGUGCUGUGGAUGUUGACGAUGAUGAUGAUGUUGUGGAUGUUGAAGAUGAUGAUGAUGAUGAUGAUGUCAGAUGAUGAUGAUGAUGGCAAAAAGGACAAGGAGGAAGUUGACUCGCAAUUUCUGUAUAAUAUUUGACAUGUUUUUAUAACAAUUUCUGUAUAAUAUUUGACAUGUAUUUAUAACAAUUUCUGUAUAAUAUUUGACAUGUAUUUAUAACAAUUUCUGUAUAAUAUUUGACAUGUUUUUAUAACAAUUUCUGUAUAAUAUUUGACAUGUUUUUAUUACAAUUUCUGUAUACUAUAUAUGUGUUUAUUUAUGUCAGUCAGUUGUUGACAUGUUCAUUUCAUUGAAUGUGAUAUUAGUACACUAUCUUGUCCUGUUGAUUUUAUAGUCCAGAUGAAAUCCACAUGUAAUGGAUACUUUUUCCAGGGUUUUAAUAUCUACCAGUGGCAUACAAAAUUCAAGACACUAGUAUUUGCUGAUCAAUUUUUAUAUUAUGUUUUGUUUUACCUUUUGCAUGCUUUUCAACAACAAAGCUUGGUAAGAAACUACCCAAAUUAAACCAAAGCAACUGUUAAUGGCUAUACAUAAUGAUCAAGGUUUAUUUUAAGAAUGGCAAUCACUGCCAAUGAAUUCACUAUCAUUGUACAUCUGUGGCUAUGUGUUGUGAUCAGCCAUAUAAAAUUACAGCUAACUGAAAGGAUGGAUCAUACACCCUGCAAGUGUCAAAUGUUGCUUACAAGUCAAGAGGUAUAUUUACAUGUAAUGGAAUUUACCGAUCAAGCCAUAUUUUUCCGGUCAGGAUCCUGUUGUAUGAACUUGAGAACAGAAACAUGGAGGUUGCUGAAUGAAAUUGUUAUUAUUACAUGAUCUUUGAUGUUAACAUUCUACAUAAACCUUUUCUGUGCUAGUU